AAAGAGAAACAGUAGAAUGGAAUGGGAAAAUCAAACCAUUCUGGUGGAAUUCUUUCUAAAGGGGCUUUCUGAUUACCCAAGGCUUGAGCUACUCUUUUUUGCACUAAUCUUAAUAAUGUAUGUUGUCAUCCUUCUGGGCAAUGGCACCCUUAUUUUAAUCAGCAUCUGGGACUCCCACCUUCACACCCCUAUGUACUUCUUCCUGGGGAACCUCUCCUUCUUGGACAUCUGCUACACCACUACCUCCAUUCCCUCCAUUCUGGUGAGCUUCCUCUCAGAAAGAAAGACCAUAUCCUUCUCUGGCUGUGCAAUACAGAUGUUCCUCGGCUUGGCCAUGGGGACAACAGAGUGUGUGCUCCUGGGCAUGAUGGCCUUUGACCGGUAUGUGGCUAUCUGCAACCCUCUAAGAUAUCCUGUCAUCAUGAGCAAGGAUUCCUAUGUGCCCAUGGCAGCUGGGUCCUGGAUCAUAGGAGUCAUCAACUCUGCAGUACAAACCGCAUUUGUAGUACAGUUGCCUUUCUGUGGGAAUAAUGUCAUCAAUCAUCUCUCCUGUGAAAUUCUGGCUAUCAUGAAACUGGCCUGUGCUGACAUCUCAGGCAACGAGUUCAUCAUGCUCGUGGCCACAACACUGUUUAUAUUGACACCACUGUUAUUAAUCAUUAUCUCUUACACAUUAAUCAUUGUCAGCAUCCUCAAAAUUCGCUCUUCUGAGGGGAGAAGCAAAGUUUUCUCCACGUGCUCAGCCCAUCUGACUGUGGUGAUAAUAUUCUAUGGAACCAUUCUCUUUAUGUACAUGAAGCCCAAGUCUAAAGAGACACUUAAUUCAGAGGACUUGGAUGCUACUGACAAACUUAUAUCCCUGUUCUAUGGGAUUGUAACUCCUAUGAUGAAUCCUUUAAUAUACAGUCUUAGGAACAAAGAUGUUAAGGAGGCAGUAAAACACUUACUGAGAAGAAGUAUGUUUAACAAGUAAAUGGGAAAGGGACACAUAAUUUUUGUAAUCACAUUGUGGAAAUCAAUUAGACAAAGUAAAGGGCUAAACAGAUAGGUUCUUACUGCUGUGUCAAAUUCAUCUCUCAAAUCUCUCAAGCUCUAAUAUUUUUUGGUGCAGUGUAUAAUGAAAAUAA